CUUUCUCUUGGCAGAACGAAACCAGUGAGAGCCCCUGUGUGUUUCACCUCAUUUCUGGUGGUCCUCUCUUUCCACACCGCAGAGCACUGGAGAAAUAUGGAAGGGGCAAACCUGAGCCGAGGGAUUGAGUUUGAGCUCUUGGGCCUCACCAGUGACCCCUGGCUCCAGACACUGCUCUUCAUGGUGUUCCUGGGCAUGUACACUAUCACGCUGCUGGGGAAUCUGAUCAUGCCCAUUAUGAUCCACCUGAGUGCCACCUUGCACACACCCGUGUACUCCCUUCUGAAGAGCCUCUCCUUCUCGGAUUUCUGCUACUCCUUCACAGUUGUCCCCCAGACCCUGGUGAACUUCUUAGCCAAGAGGAAGGUGAUCUCUUCUCCCGGCUGCAUGGCUCAGAUGUUUUUCUAUGCGGGUUUUGCCACCAGUGAGUGCUAUCUCGUUGCUGCCAUGGCCUACAACCGCUGUGCGGCUAUUUGUAACCCCCUGCUCUACCCAACUGCCACACCUCCUGAGGUCUGUGCCUCUCUGAUUGUGGGCUCCUACCGUGCAGGAUUCCUCAGUCUGAAAUUCUGUGGUGCUCACGUGGUCACUCACUUCUUCUGUGAUGGAGCGCCCAUCCUGUCUCCGUCACGCGUGGACACUUUGCUGUGUGAAAUCCUGCUCUUCAUUUUUGCUGGUUUCAACCUUUUGAGCUGUGCCCUCACCAUCUUGGUCUCCUACCUCUUCAUUCUCGUCACCACCCUGAGAAGGAACUCAGCCCAGGGCAGGUUCAAGGCCUUUUACUGUGCUUCCCACUUCACUGCUGUGUUCUUCUAUGGCACAACACUUUUCAUGUACCUGCGCCCCAGGUCCAGCCACUCCCUGACCCAAGACCUCAAGGUUGCUGUGAUCUACACAGUGGUGAUCCCAGUGCUGAACCCCCUUAUCUACUCUUUGAGAAACAAGGAUGUGAAAGAAGCUUUAAGAAAGGUUUGGGGAAGGAAAAUAAUGGAAUGA